AGAAAUUGCAAUUGCGUGUUCCAUAUCUGGAGUAAGAUCAACGACGAAACAGAAAUUUGUCAUGCAAGACAAAAACUGAAUAAUUUAUGAUCUGUCAUUCUCAACACAACGUUAAACUAAGCAUUAUCAAGCAAAGCGAAAGCCUAUUAUGACCCAAGAAGUGUUCAGUCAAAAUUACAGCAAACAUUGCAUGGAACUUAGCCGUUUGUAGUUUGUAAGGUUAUUUCAAAAAGUUUCAAACAAACUGACAAAUUGCUUAGCGCUCAUUCUUGAAGCUGAAACCCAGACCGCGUCGUAGAUCUUACGAGUUUUGAAAGUUCUUACUCCAGAUAUGUAUAGAGCUCACUGGAUUCCUUAGCAACAUGCUUGGCAACGAUAAACAAAUUGUGUUUCUAAGGCACUGUUGCCUAGUGACCUUUAUUUGGUUGGGUUGGCAAGAGAUCAGCUUGCGUUUGUAUAUAAAGGAACGCUUUGAAAGUUGACCAGAUCACACUUUAUAGCCGCAACUUGUAACGUAAACUUCAUAUCAGAAAGAGUUUUAAACUAGCCAACAAUGUCUACUGCAUUAGCAAUGGGAUAUCUCGGAGCACGAAGCCGACAACAAGAAGAAAGCAUUUACAAUCUAAUUCCGACCAUUCCACCGACAGAAGCUAAACCGCCAAGGUAUAGAAUUUCACUUUUAUCAUUGUCGUAAAUGUUGGCUUUUAGUUGAUUGAAACGGGUCAUAGUUUCCCUUAGGUUUUCACAUCGAUUGAGGCUCAACUUAAGCACGUUUUCACUGCUUUUUUGGGACAUUUUACGAACUUUGUAAAGAAAAGGUUUAGUCGCCUUUGUAUCCUCGAGCAACGCCUGAAUGGCCAAGUAUAUGGCUAUGCUAUUCACUGAUUAUUUGUCUUCCAUUCAUUAUAGAUACAAGUCAAAGUUUGCUGAAACUGUACGCUAUGAUUUAAGGACUAAUAAGACCAAUGCCAAAACUAUGGUGAGUAUCUGGUCCCUCUAUGAUCUCUAUGAAUAGUAUAAAGUAGCCGUAAUGAGGCCAUGCCCUCAUUGCCCUGGUUAUAAUAUAACCAAGUUUGGAAAUUUUACACUUUACCGUGCCAGAGUAAUCACUGAAUACAUACGCCAUCAAAACAUGCCAAUAAAAGAACGGAAAAACCGUCAGAACACACGCCAUCAAAUACUUGCGGUAUGGUAAAGUGUAAAGUACCCCCAAGUUUUACCAUUUUUACAGAAUCACCAUAUUUGCAGUCACCAUUAUUAAUCCGAUUGUUAUAUUUAAUUUAAGGGUCCAGCCAAGGUUCAACUUGCAAAACCAAAAGAAUUUCUGGCAAAACAUUCCAAGGACAAGAUAAUACCAGAAGGUACAGAAAACAACAUCAGUUAUAAAUUUAGUUAUAAUAAUAUUAAACAUCAAUAUUAGCAAUCAUAACUAAUUGAAAUGACUACGGCAUAUAAUUUAAAUGGAAGUCAUCCUAAGAGAGAAAUCUAAACCUUGCUCAUUUUUAUUACAGGAAAAUCUCAAUUCAGUUAUCCCGAUGCAGGCAGCAGAAAACCAGCAGUGCCAAAGCACACUGAUAAACCAGCGAUCAUGGGUGUUAAAUCAAACAAGAAUUUCAUAACAACAAAUGCAGUUGAGAACAUUAUGUCUAUACCUAAAAAGGCAGAGAAGAAAUAUGCAGAUACAAAGAUAGGAGCAACACAUCAGCUGGAACCAUCCGGGCUAACACCAAAAUAUAGAAAUAAGAAAGAUUUUGGCAAGACACCACAGUAUCUUGAAAUGAGAAAAAAGGAAAUUGAACAUGCUCAGAUUGAAUAUGAUGCAUAUAUUAGAGAAAGAUUUCGACAAGGGGCUAUGCAACAGUUAUCUGAAGGCGAAAGGUAGGUUCUUCAAAUGUGUAUGGUACAGAAAAUAUUGUUGUUUGCAAAAAUAAGAGCUUUAGCUGCCCUCAUGCUGAUGGAUUGACUGACCUGGUUGAUUAACCUUUAAAUAAAUGACGAAACCCUUAAAAACACUUGUUGGACAAUCUGGCAAUAUUAGCUGCUAUUCCUUCUUCAAUGCAAUUACAAUACAUCAAUUUUAUGAUGUCAUUGUACUAAUUCCCUUAGUUCAGCAGAAAAAGAUAUAGUAAGCUUAUGGUAGUUAACUAAGUUAAGUAACAUAAGUUUUGAUAUUCAUCUCAUUAAAUUGUAAUAAUUAUAUUUUAGACAAUCAAUAAUUGAUGGAUUGAAAACAAACUGGGAAGAAUUACAUCACCAGUACCAAGGACUAUCGGUCGUCACAGAUACUGCUCCAAAGAAAGCAAGAAAAGAAAGCCUUGAAGCUCAAAUGAAACAACUGGAACGAGACAUUGAAACAAUGGAGAAACAUAAAGUGAUAUAUAUUGCAUCUUAACUCUCAAUAAACAAACAAAUACGGAUAUAUUUUAGUAUUAAAUAGUUUGACAUUGAAUUCUAAAAUACUUUUAAAAACAAAGAAAAGGAAUUGUAUAUAUAUAAAUAAAGUUUAUUUUACAAAAAUAUCUAAUUCAUGUCAAUCUCAUACAAAUUUGCUCUUACUCUGAAAUUUGGGUUAGUCUUCCCAUGGAUUGCAUACACCUUUCAUCAACACCUUGCAAACACCUUAAAAAAAUGCCAUGGUUGUUUGUGUCUGACACCACCAUUUGGCCAACACAAUAUUAUACUGUACACAUGUGUACCAUGAUAGUAAUAAUAGAUAUAAUAUAUAUAUUAUUAUAAUAUAUAUAAAUAAUACCUACUAUUUCCAUGAUGUGUAUUAGGGAUGUACCGGAUACCAUUCAGGGAAAAGUGUUGUAAUGCUUCACUAUUUCUUAUAAUGGCUAAAUGCUAGCUAGUAAUAUCUCUCUAACGCUGUGGAUACUAAAGAAGAAACGCGGAGAACUAAGUUACAAACAGCGCUUAAUGCAACUUAAUUUAAUCCCGCUUGUAUACGACAGAGAACAGAAGGACUUGAUAUUUUUCUAUAAAUGCGUGUACGGUCUCACAGAUUUUGACAUAUCGCAGUUACAACGGGAAGGACACGCGCGGCCACUUCUGGUCUUCUGAGAACACAAGCAUGCAAAACAAGCUUUUCAAAGUUCGUAUUGUGUUAGAAUUCUUAAACUGUGGAACUAUGUUUGUACGUCUGCUCCUUCGUAUUGUCAUGUCACUGUCUCCUCUUUUAAGUCAUACUUGCGCAAGACUUACAUCCACCCACUAGUACUUCCUACACUCCUGACUUACCUAGUGUGAACUCACUUUAAUAUCACGACUCAAUAAAAAUAUCUAAAGGCCGGCGCACACUAGAGCUAUGUGCUUAGCAAAAUGUCAUUCGUGACUGUUGGCGUAAGGAGAUAGCUCUCGUGUGCGGGCGAUUUACGAACGACUUUUGUCAUUCGUGCCACUUUCGCCAAAUAUCUAACAUGUUUGAUAAUUUCUGCCUCGCGUGCCAAAAUCUUUCCGUGUGCGGCGAACGAAAGCUAUCUGCUUACGGAUUGUCGUAACAGCGCAUGCGUAGUAUACGAAAGUAAACAUCCAAGAUGGCGGCGCAAAAUGAAUUGCUGGACGAGGCAAUUUUAGAGGACAAACUUGUCGAACUUUGGCCUGAAUACAAAUGUUUAUACGAUGUGAGUUCUGCAGUAUAACAAAAUAACAACACCUCUUCGUCUUCACAUUCAUCCAUUUUGUGAGCUGUUCGCCAUCUUGGAUGUUUACUUUCGUAUACUACGCAUGCGCUGUUACGACAAUCCGUAAGCAGAUAGCUUUCGUUCGCCGCACACGGAAAGAUUUUGGCACGCGAGGCAGAAAUUAUCAAACAUGUUAGA